ACGCACGCACUGGCUAGUUCAAUAGCCUGAUAAUACAACCCUAGCUAGCUCUCUCUCUCUCUCUAUGUGUGUGUGUGUGUGAGUGUGAGUAUGAGUGUGGGUUUUUGAAAUAAGACUUAAGCAUACAGAAGAUUUAGGACUAUCGUGUAUAUGAGUUUACCGGGAUUUCCUGCUCCUAUCAUGAGUUUAUUUCCUGGCUCCCCCUCCUUCUGCAGUUGAUGAUUCUCCAGCUGGUUUGGAGAUGACGGACAGCGUCAGGGCCUUCCUCCGCAAUGUUGCGACGGGGAUGAAAGAUUCUAUUCUGGGGAUCGCGACGAUCACGAAGCUCGACGCUCGAAUCCAGCAGAAAAGGGAAGAGCAGCGGAGGCGCCGAGCGAGCGGCCCACUGGCACUGAGACGGGCGCAGAGUCAGGACCGUAAACAUGAGAACGAGCCCAAAUUAGCAAGUAGGAUUUUUCAGUGUUGUGCCUGGAACGGAGGCGUGUUUUGGCUAAGUCUGUUUCUUUUCUACCGAGUGUUUAUACCACUGCUCCAGACUGUCACAGCUAAAAUUAUUGGUGAUCCGUCGCUGCAUGGAAAUGUGUGGUCCUGGUUGGAGUUCAUCCUGACGUCAGUGUUCAGUGCGCUCUGGGUUCUCCCUCUGUUUGUGCUCAGCAAGAUCGUCAAUGCCAUCUGGUUCCAGGACAUUGCCGAUCUGGCUUUUGAAGUAUCCGGACGCAAGCCUCAGCCUUUCCCAAGUGUGAGCAAGAUUAUAGCAGACAUGCUCUUCAACCUCCUUCUCCAGGCCCUCUUCCUCAUUCAGGGAAUGAUUGUGAGUCUGUUCCCCAUCGAUGCGAUCGGUCAGAUGGUCAGCCUCCUGCACAUGUCUCUGCUCUACUCGCUCUACUGCUUUGAAUAUCGCUGGUUCAACCACGGGAUCGAGAUGCACCAGAGGCUGUCGAACAUCGAGAGGAACUGGCCGUAUUACUUUGGCUUCGGUCUGCCCAUGGCUCUGCUGACUGCACUGCCAUCUUCAUAUAUCAUCAGUGGCUGUCUCUUCUCCAUCCUGUUCCCGCUCUUCAUCAUCAGCGCCAACGAGGCCAAGACCCCUGUGAAGCCAUACUAUUUCCAGCUGCGUCUCUUCUCCCUGGUGGUCCUGAUCAGCAACAAGCUCUUCCACAAGACGGUUCAUCUGCAGACAUCUCUGAACUCCUCGAGCUCCACGGAGAAACUCGUGUCUCCUCACGCAUCCCCGAUCCGCCACAAAGCUCCGCCCUCUCAGUGACCUCAGGCGCUCUGCAGACAGGAGUUUGAUUUGCGUUCUUUGUGUUUAAAUGCAUUUGAAUGUUUUUGCAGAGGAUUGACCAGGCUUCAUUUUAACUGUGAAUGACAAGCAUGUGGGAUCGGACAGAGCUGUGUCUCGACAGUGGCGUUCUGUUGGACUGAUUUUUGUACCAAUUGAGUGCCAUUUAGGUGAUUUUAUAGAAACUACAGCACAAAAACAUUUUAAUUUAACCACGUCGCCCCGGUCACUGUCCUCUUUUUACCUGGCCUUGUGAUUUCAUUUAAUACCACAGCUAAUGAAUGCAUCUGAGUCGUGUUUGUGUCAUUAAUGAUAGAGCGAUGGAACAAAUGAAAAGUCCCUUUAAUCCACAAAAUCGUGUUACCUUCAUGCUUGCAUUCUUGUUUUAUUGUGUUCUCCCAACCUGUCAUUCAUCUUUUAAUAACAACACUUGAUUGAGAUCAGCUUAUUAUUGUGAUAGACUAAACAAGCUGCUCUUUUCUAUAUGAUCGGUCCUGUUUAAUAUAAAUUUAAAAAAGCUGGAUGCGGAACUCCAAUCAAAUCUGUCGGUGAUCAAUAUGAAAACGAGGCUUUAUGCUGCUGCUGUUCUCACAUCUGGAACUGACGUUAAGCUCAAUAAUGCCAUGUCCAAAUCUAUCCUUCACUACAGUCGCCGCCCCUCUUGUGAUAUUCAUAUAGACAUCGAUAUUCAUAUAGAUAUCGCAUAGGAAUCUCAACAGGUUACUAAUGUUUUACUGAAGCACAUACCGAGGCCCCGUCUCACUGUCAGCGAAUCCACUCGGGGAGAGAGAUGUGUGGUGUACUUCUUUUAGUUUUAUUGUUCUUGCUGGUUUUUUUGAAGCGGUAUGUCAUUAACGUAAGAAGUGAGUAGUGUUACAAAUCCAGGUUGAUAUUUGUGAGUGACCUUUUUUUUGUAAAAAGUAUUAAACCUAAUUUCAAUAAAUUUGGUCUGUAUAUACAAAUUUAAA